CUUUUCGUCUGAAAAAAUUGCAGUAACAAUUUAAUAAUCCAUUAUAUUGUUUCUCUGAUUAGUAGAACGAAUUUCUUCGCAAUGGACACCUUCGUGCUAGAUCAUCCUUGAUGGCCGUGUAAGCGGAACCACCACCUACGCCACUGUACGUGCACUGGGUCGGAAUCACACUAAAAAUCAUUGAGAAUUUAGACACAUGUUACGUUUAGUAUAGUAGAGAACGAUAUUCGAGGCGAAUCACCUUACUAUGGAGUUCAUUUUCACACCAAUCCCCAUUUCUGUUAGACAGUGCAGACAAUUCUCGCAUGGUUCUCCAGCUGGUACCGGAAAUAUCACCUGAACAAGAAAAUAUGACUGAAGGAAAAUUAAGUGAUUCAAUUAUUUGUGCUUUUAUCAAAAGAGAACUAUAUUUUGAAAGAUUAAGGAAAAAUGACAAGCUAGAAGGAACAAGGACGUUUUCAAAGGUGACCAGAACAAUUGAAACACCCAUUACACUGCGGAAAGGUGAAACAGGUGCUCGUGAAAGGCCAAAGCAACAAAAAAACAGAGAUUAUACCCGAGGUAUAGGUUUCUCCAAAUUCGAAGACUUUUUAAAGAGAGGAAGGGUGGAUUUCAUAUUUGAAGAUUAAGUCAAUAUAGGAGCGAGUGGAGGUACAAAUAACUAAAAAUUAUGUGUAUAAUUUAGAAUAAGAAAUAGGAGGUUCUAGUUGUCUACUGUUAAUGAAAUUUAUAGUGUCAAUCAUCUACGACCCUUAACCCUCGGACGACGGACCCUGGAGAGAGCCUCAAUUUUAAUGUAAUUUCGUAUUUGAUAUUAUUUUCAUUUCCCAUAA